GAACUACUAACCAAGUCUUAAGAGAGAUCAAAAUUCAAUCCCGUUCUGAGAAAAAAAAAAAAAAAAAAGAGAAAUGACGUUAUUUGAAUAUGUGCCCAAAGUCCUUAAUGAAUAACUUAGGACGAGUAGGAGGCAAAUGCUGCCCCAGCUGUUUCCUGUUGAAAAUGUCUGUGUAAUGUAGAUAAAUGUGAGGGAUUUUCUCUCUAAAUCCGUCUCCUGUUCGCUAAAUCUCACUUCUCCAAAACGAGCCUGCGCAAUGGAACAAAGUCGGAAUAUUGAGAUGUGACAUUGGCCGCAUCUCAUCCUCUUUCUCCCCCGUUUUUUAAUGACUUCAAACAAGUUCCUUUUCGCCGGGCUUUGUCUCGCGGAGACCCGUGGGGAUGUCCUCUCAGUGGCAUUUAUGUGAUGUCUUCAAGAGUGCGAUGUGCUGCAUCUCCUGUGGCCGCACCCUCUCACUACUGCUGUGCGUCCUCAGCCUGACUCCGACGCCGACGGGCGCCGGUCCAGAGACGCUGUGCGGGGCGGAGCUGGUCGACACGCUGCAGUUUGUGUGCGGAGAGAGAGGCUUUUAUUUCAGUAAACCAGGCUAUGGCCCCAAUGCACGGCGGUCACGCGGCAUCGUGGACGAGUGCUGCUUCCAAAGCUGCGAGCUGCGCCGCCUCGAGAUGUACUGUGCACCUCCAAAGACCGGCCAACCUACCCGCUUUGUGCGCGCACAGCGCCACACAGACCUGCCGAGAACACCCAUGGUUAGUACCGCAGUGCAGAAAGUGGACAGGAGCACAGAGCGUAGGACAGCACAGCAGCCAGACAAGACAAAAAACAAGAAGAGACCGUUACCUGGACAUAGUCAUUCAUCCUUCAAGGAGGUGCAUCAGAAAAACUCAAGUCGAGGCAACGCGGGGGGCAGAAAUUACCGCAUGUAGGGAAGGAGCGAAUGGACAAAUGCCCAGCUAACCCUGACUUGGGAAGAGAGAAGGGAGUGGCCUUACCUGGUACCGCUGUGGAAUGGUUCACUGUAAAACAAAACAGAGGAUGCUUACAAAGCUUCUGAAGGUUCUUCAAAAUGAUAGAAACCUGAGAGCUAAGUGGUGUUUAAGGGUUUGAUAAGGGAUCUUGUGAUUAUUUUAUACACUGCACCAUUCCAUAUCGGGAGGAAUUCUAAUCUAGACGCAAUGUAACAGACUAGUUUAGCUGCUGACACACAAACAAGAGCUAUACCUCCGUGUGUGAGCUGCAGCAAACCCCCCCCCCGGCUCCAGGAAAGGUGGGAAAACCAUCAGAGAGCUGCAGGCUGUGUUUGAAAAAGAGUGUUGUGUACCCUGAACUUUCGCAGGGGGUAAAUAUGUUUACUCUGCGAGAGUGGAUUCAGUCACUCCUUUGGUAAGACAGGAUACCAUGCCACCGGUCCCCGAUCACAGUUAUUACCCCAGGUUGUCUUUAUUCACCGUGCAUCGCCCAGGAUUGGCUUUGAAGGACAAAGACCCGGGUUGCUCUUCAUCAGAGUUUAAACAUUGUUUUAGUUAUUUUACCUUGAGCUUAAGUCAAAUGCCCGAGUUUCAUUGACUCCUAAAGUGGAGCCCCACGGAGUUUGGAGUCCAAUCCAAACCCCUCUUAAACCUCAGAAAGCAUUUAGAAGCUGGGGUCUGAGUCCACAAUCCAAACACUUCUACAACAACAGAUCAAGCACCAUUAGAGAGGAUACUCAGGAAAGCAGGAAGCUUAAAACCAGAGAAGAUAAUUGACCCAAAGCUCAAUUGAAUUAAGAUCCUGGCCCGUCAGUUCAUGGUCCUUUUUUGAAAGUCAGAAAUGGGUCAUCCAGUAAACUCAAAGUACAUUCGGCAUAAACCGGUGGAAUAAGUCAACCAGCAACGAUCAGGGCCAAAGCCGAGGCCAAAUCUGAUUUCUGUGAACAAUCCAGUUAAGAGUGAUCAACACAUUGAGUUGAUCCUGUGUUCAAGGUCGAGCUCACGUCAUGAAGGUUUAGUCACGGCCAGUCGACAACUGCUCAAGAGUCAAAUAUUUUUCUUGGUCUCAAAGAAUUUACACUACGUUCCCAAAGUUUGAAGCAAAAUAAAGUUCAUUAAUUGCCACGUAUAUGGGAAGUAUAGCUUUUGAUUGAGUUUUGUCCUGUGUUAACUUCGGUGGCUGCUUGGUCUCCGUUGCGCGCCAUCAUAGCGACAGUACGGCAAUACUCAGCAUCUGUCGCAGAGCCACGCAGAUUUUGACAGAUUUGGUAAAUGACAAUUACUUCCUGGAGAUAUGAGCUAUGGCACACGUAUAACAGAACGCAAACACACAUACAAAGCACCCCCAGUGUAAAUGCCAGUUCUGAGAAGUCCUUGCAUGAGGACUAACUGUCACGGCUGUUUGUUCAAGCCUUUGUACGCAUUUACAGUCAUUUUAUCGCACAAACCACCCGAGACACCUCAUCUCUGCUUCUGCCUCCCCCCCCCCGCCCAUGUAUAAUCAAACAGUACUCCCCUUUAUGUUAACCUAUGCAUUACUAUCAUUCAUUGUACAUGACGGUUCCAUAUAACAAAACUGUAUUAAGAAACCUAUCCACUGUAUAAUGGUGCUAUUUUGUGGUUUGUUACUUGCAAGAGAUGGCUGAAACAGACAGAUGGCAGGGCUUAUAUUGGAGGUCUUCCCUUUUGCACAGCCUUGUGGCUACCAUUUCAAUAGUGUUUUUAUUUGUAAGCGAGUAAAUGUAUCUUGUGUGAAAUCCGUGAAUGCAUGGAGAUUUAAAAAAGAAAAGAAAAGGUGAUACCAUGUUGUGGUCCCAAGAUGGCAAAACGCUAUUUUUUUCUACUGUUUUUGAAUUAUGUCAUCAAUAUACAUCCCUUCUGCCAAAUAACUUGACGAAAGUACUGUGAACUGUGAUUCUUACAAUUGUAUUGAGAUUGUUAAAGGUCAUGGUUUGCUUUCGUUUGUCCUGUGUGUGUGUGUACAGGCACCCAACUGGAAGCCAAGGGAUCGAUCAUUAAAAAGACGCGAGACCACAUAACUGUAGCCCCCAGUGGUAAUUACAAGAAAAUAAAAUAUUGAAUUUGCCGUCAUUUCCCAAGAUUCUCUUACGUCGGACACGAUCUUUUUUCUUUUUUUUACCAACACCCGUAUUUUCAAUAACAAUAAUAAAGAGUGUGAUAUUAACGCUGGUUAAUAUCGCACACCUUCUAGAUAAAAUAACUACUUCCUGCUGGGUGUUUUAAUGCGAAGACCACGAUACUUUGUGUGCUUCUGUUAGACACAAGGCUUCAGCCAGCGAGCUCGGCUCAGCACGAAAAAGAAAGAACUAUGUCCCUGAUGCCUCAUUUCUUCUGCAUGGUGCGACUCGGCUCGACUCACACGUGGGUUCCAGGUCCUUUUUUCCUACUUGGUUUUUGGCGCCCCAUCGGUGUGCGGCGGCGCCGUGUGGGUGGGCCCUGGGAAAAAUAUAUUUAUAACUUUUGAUUUGUAAAAAAAAAGAUGAAACAGAUGUUCACCAUCUUUUAAUUUGAUUUAAUUUUAUUAGGGUAUUUGAGAACUGUAAAAAACAAGAAGAACACGGUGUGACCGGUAAUCAAAGGAUUUGAUUUUGUGCGUUUUUAUUCAGGCAUUUCCCCGGCGGUCUAAGUUGGCUGUAGUUUUUAGCUGUGUAGAAUGCUCAUAAUAACAGCUUUCACAAUCUCCCAUGUCGUUCGGCUUUUGAUUUGGACCGUCGAAGUCAUGAAAAUGAUUGCCGAUUACCGCAUUUAAAAAAUAAUAUAAAAAGAAAAAAUUUCAUCAAAAACACAGCGUAGCUUAAUAGUCAAGCGCAGUUGCGGAAAUGCGCGACAGUGGUUUGCUAACGUCACGUUAGCAGAAGCGCGUUUUGUUGCUAAUCAGUUCAACGUUUCACUUUGUUGGCAAAGGAGCAGGUUAUUUACUUUACAUAGUCUCACUUUACGAAUGAGCCAGGUUUUUAAUCCUUCAAAUUUCAACAAAAUAAAAAAAUAAAACGUGUUUUUGUAAGAUGAUUCAUUGGCGUCAACAAAUCAGUCGACCUGGCGGUUGAAAUGAAAAAGAAGCUAGUGGUGGAACAGAUAACAGAAUAAACCAAAGACUUUUCCUUAAAAACAAAAUCCCCCCGCCCCCCCCAAAAAAAGCUCACUGCCCAACAAACUGUUUGAUUACAGCACUGUUAUUUAUGGUGCUUGAUUGCCUUCUGUAGAAAAUAAAUACUGACAAAUUGUUCACCAUUCCUGCUGAAUAAACCACUUGUCAACAUCA